AUGAGGACGAUAAAAUACGAAGCGGUACUGGAUAACGCAACCGAGUGUCCCCAUCCGGAUCCCCCGUACGCAAAGAAGAGGAGUUUUAUUUCCACGUUCACCAUCCGCAAGAUAAAGAAGAGGACGGUACUUAGCGGCCAACACAGGGUGCUGGCAGAGAUUCCUUUCACAAACUUGAGCAUUAACACAUAUAAAAUGGAGGCUGGAAAAAUGCAGCUGAUUAUUCGUUUCGAUAAGAUCGACUGCCGCAGUUGGAUGGGAAGAAUGUUCAUGGCUGGUUCAGACAUUCCGUAUUCGAGAAAAACCUGCCAAAUUCAAAAGGGUUUAUAUAUUAUCAAGGAUUUCGACAUCAACAAGGCAUCGCACUCUAUGCCACACUGGAAGGCCGUGGGUUCAUUCCUGUAUCGAACGCAGAUAGUUCAUAAUGCGUCUACUGUUCUGUGCCUAGAUAUAAUGGCCACAUUUAAAGAAUUAUAGUUUCUGUCAGACACGCUGUUUGGUAUUACACGCACCCAUGCUCUGUCGCACUCACCACUGCACCACGCUUUAACCCUUCUCAAUUACAUACUGGCCAGCGACAGCAAACUGGAUAUGUUUCACAGCACGGAGUCGCAAUUCCUUGCGAUCAGCGCCCGUCACUUUGGGAGUCUAUAACUACUCCAAGUUCAAUCCACGUGUGAGUACCUACUAUAUUAUGUACUUUAUGUUCCGCCACACUAUUUUAUAUAAGUGUACCAGGAUUAUUCAUGUUUAUACCCUCCUGUACGAUUGACAUGUUUAGCUAGGCUGUUAAUGUUAAUUUAAGGA